AUGAAGAAGCCGCAGAGAGAGCGAGAGGGGGCAGCUGAUUUCUCUCCCCCCAGUACUGUUCUCUGCCAGGUUUCCUGCCCUGUUCACUGGACUCCUCGCGGUGCCUCUGGCAGGGACCCCCAGUGGAAUCAUCCAGGUACAGGGGCGGAUCCUCUCGCAGCUGCCAUGGCCAGCGGCAGAGAUUCGGACAGUGAGCAGGUGGUGCCCGGUGAGGAGGACAAGGGACCGGACGUGACAGCCGUGCAGGCCCACUAUCUCCGCAGCCCCUCACCCAGCCGGUAUUCAGUGAUAUCGGACACUGAUACAGAGAGCAUCUUCAUGGAACCAAUCCAUCUGUCGUCUGCUGUGGCUGCCAAACAAAUAAUCAAUGAAGAGCUGAAGACAAAGGACACCAAGGUAGAUUCAGUGUGUCCCAGGAUGUUAGAGUCUGCACGGCAGCUGAUGGUGGAAGACCUGUACAACAGAGUUAAGGAAAAGAUUGAUGACACCAGCUUGUUUAACACGCCAUGUGUGAUGGACUUGCAGAGGGCACUUGUGAAGGACAGGCUGGAAACCCCCAGGGAUGCUGUGGAUGAAGUCUGGCCUAAUGUCUUCAUAGCAGAAAAAAGUGUUGCAGUGAACAAAAGCCGUUUGAAGAGACUGGGGAUCACGCAUGUCUUGAACGCAGCUCAUGGGACAGGUGUAUACACAGGACCAGGUUUCUACAAUGGUCUGAAUAUCCAAUACCUGGGCAUUGAAGUGGAUGAUUUUCCAGAUAUGGAUAUAUCUAAACACUUCCGCCCAGCUGCAGAGUUCCUUGACGAAGCACUGCUGACUUACAGGGGCAAAAUCCUUGUCAGCAGUGAAAUGGGAAUCAGUCGCUCAGCUGUGCUGGUGGCUGCCUACCUGAUGAUCUACCACCAUAUGACCAUUCUGGAGGCUCUGAUGACUCUGAGAAAGAAGCGUGCCAUUUACCCCAAUGAUGGCUUCCUGAAACAGCUAAGGGAGCUCAACGAGCAAUUGUUGGAGGAACGAGAGUUGGAUCAUACUGGAGAUGAAGAAGUCACUCCUAGUCAAAGUCCUGUUGUCCAUACAGGGACUUCUUCCCGAUUGUCUGGAGUUGGGGACUCAGAAAGCAUCACGGGAGCCAAAGCCCACUCCAUCACAGUAGAAGAGGAGGACACCAGCAGCCUGCUGGGUAGUUUUAUGAGCUCUUCAUCAGUGGGAAAGACUAGCCGGCUUUCCAAACACUCCACCCUCAUCAAUGAGGAGGAAGAGGAACAGUUGUAUGAGGAAUGGAGGAAGAAACAAGGCCUACCUACAAAGGAACCAGGAGUUAACCACAGAAGAACAUCUCCAAAGCUUCUAGAUCAGGAAGGGGAACAAUCUGAGGAGGAUGUGGAACAGAGGAUCCAUGACUGGCAGCGCAGAAAUGAAAGAUACCAAAUGGAGGGUCCACCCAGGAAGGAGUAUGGAGAUUCUAGCAUGGGAGGAAGACCUUACUCAUCAGGCGAAUUCAGUGAUGUUGAGAGUGUGAGCAGUUUUGAGAUUCGAACCCUAAAACAACAGCUGGAAGCCAGUAGCUUUAGUGGGAUGAGGAGGAGCCGCACAGGCUCUGUGUCUUCAGAGAGCACUUGGGACAUGUGGAACCAGAGGCUUCUGGAGAUUGAGAAGGAAGCUGCUCAGAGGUAUCAUUCUAAGAAUAAAAAUUGUGGGGAGAGACAAUCCCCAGAAACAGGAAGAAAGGAGAGGGAUGUGGAUGAGGAGAGUGUGUUUUCAGACAGUAGCUCCUUUUACAAUUUCUGCCAAAAGAACAAAGACAAGUUGACUCCUCUAGAAAGGUGGAAGGUCAAGAGGAUCCAGUUUGGCUUUCACAAGAAGGAUUUAGAAUCAUCAUCAUCUUCUGCACCAUCUCCAGCAGAAGAUGGCAGCCAGGCAGGCGGAGAAGGGACAGAAGGUAAGAGUUUGUCGGAUAUUAACCUGUCUGCUUACCAGGCUUGGAAAAUGAAGCUGCAGAAGAAGGUGGGCAGUGAAAGCAAGGAGGAAUUUGUGGAGUUUGCCAAAAGUGAGGAUUCUGCUUCAGCUAAAAAGAAGCAGAGGCGUGUAGAGCUCCUUGAACGUUCAAAGAAAAUUUUAGAAGAAAGCCAGUCCAUGUGCAGCUGGGAGACAGAGAGUACAAUGAGUGGGAGUAUCCCACUGUCAGCCUUCUGGCCCUCAGCCUCUUCCGCAAACGGUACCGAGGAUGCAGUUUCUUCACUGAGCAUGCAGACAAAUCAUUCAUCUUUAUCACAGACCAGGAGCAGCAUGGGGGCAAUGCAGCCUCAGAUGCCAAGUAUACCCCUUCCCAAUCUCCCAGUUGGCCCAGGUGACACAAUAUCCAUGGCAAGCAUUCAGAACUGGAUCGCUAACGUGGUCAGUGAAACCAUUGCUCAAAAGCAAAAUGAGAUCAUGAUGCUGUCCCGUCCAUCAUCUGCAAUGGCCACCAGCGUAAUGUCAGGAGAUCUUGGCAGGCAUGUAGAUGACGAUAAGGUUUCUCUUCUCAGUGCUCAGAGUGGCUCAUCUCUUGCUGCCUCUCAGCUUCGCCAGCAGGACAUGCACAGGGCUGAGUCUCAGUCUGUCCUGUCUUGUAAUACCUCAGUGAGUGCAAGAACAGAAGGGACUAGUUCAAACAUGAAGACAACACAGACAAGCAAGCCACUGUACAGCCUCUUUGCUGAUGGCAUUGACCUAAAGAAACUCAGGAGGAAGGAGAAGGAGAUGCAAAUGGAAAUGAGAGAGAAAAUGUCAGAUUAUCAAAUCGAAAAGGUGAUCAGAGACAAUAAACGCAGCACUUUAUUUAAAAAGAAGAUGACCAAAGGAGAGGCAAAUGAAACAGAAGAUGACAGAGAGAGUACAAUAAACAGCCACAGGCACCCCUUGCAAGCAAAUCUUGACAGAACUGAUACAGCCUUUGAUCUGUCCAGUCAACCUGAAAACACAGGUGCACCAAAGCCAGAGACUGAUAUUACCAAGUGGCUCAGUGGCCUGAAAGCAGAAAGAGAACCACCAUCAUAUUAUGAUCAAAGUGAGAAGGCUAGAGAGAAAUAUAGCAGAUCAUCCAAAGUAACAGAGAUGGAUUCUGAAACAUCCAGUUACAGAUUCUCCAGAUCCCAGAGAGAACAGCUAGACAGCUGUUCUUCCUACGAGUCAAAAGGAGAUUCACUGAGAACCAUGUCAAGAUUUUCCUCUGCCUCUGCAAAAGAGGACAAAAAGAUGUAUAAGUUCACAAGGUCGAGGGUCAGUGAGACCAUGAGUUCCAGAGAAAAGAGCCCAGAGCUGCAUGUUUUCAGCCGAACACCUGAACCAUCCUUUGACUCUGAAUCCUCUGAACCAUCUACACAGAGUCGAGUUAGAUCUCAUCAUGUGGAGGCGUGUGAAGAGGAGGCCAGGUCAGACAUGUCAGAAUUUGGAGCUAAGAGAAAGUUCACCCAAAGCUUUUCAAAGUCUGAAGAGGAUGGAAAAAAGGAGGCGAAAGUGGAACAAAGUGAAGAAAGAUUUGCAUCUAGACAGUUCUCUCAGUACAGGCGAAGCAUGCGUAAAGAAGAGGAAGAAGAGAUGGAUGAUGAUGCCAUUAUUGCUGCUUGGAGAAGCCGACUAGAAGAAACUACAGCAAAGCUCCGUCGGAGAAGGGAAGAGUGA